UCAUUUCCUGCUGCGUAGUGCGUAGUGUCUGUGCUAAUAGGCUGAUCUCGGCUACUUGCUUCUCUUAUUAUAAACAUAUUUAUCCGCGUUUUCUUCCGUUUGCACUACUUCAAACAGCACGGACAAUGGCAGAUCCAAGAAUACGGCAAAUAAAAAUCAAGACCGGUGUGGUUAAACGUUUGGCCAAAGAGGAGGUGUUUUACAUAAAGGAGGCAAAGCUGCAGGAAGAGAAGGUUGAGCGUCUCAAGGCAGAGGCAGGAGACGAGUAUGUAAUCAAGAAACAGAUUGAGGUGUUGCAAGAGUCAAGAAUGAUGAUCCCUGACUGCCAUCGUCGUUUAGCUAUGGCCCACGCUGACCUGCAACAACUGUUGGAAGCAGAAGAGGAACUGGCUGAAAUGGAAGAAUACAAGGAGGCCAGAACAGUUUUAGAUUCAGCCAAGCUAGAAGGAUGAUGGACACAAACGAAUAAACACCCACAGACGCUAACAUACACACUGACAUCCUAAGUGUCCAUUCCAGUUGUUCUGACCCGUUUAGUGUUUCAGAACCAAUGCGAUGUUUACUGAUUGCUUAUGUUUGCAUUUCAAAGAUUUUUGUAUUGAUUCAGAAUUCAACAACACCAUUUUCUUCUUAGCCUUCUGUGAUCAAAUGCACACAAUCGUGAAAUAAAGUUUGUAUAGCUCUAUAUCUUCAGUCCAUUAUAGUAUGUUACUUUUUUAGAUUAGACCUUCACCUGCUGGGAAUGAAAUAAUUGUGACACAUCUUUGAUUUCAUGUAAGCAUUUCACAUGUAUUCCUGCUGCAGGUAUGUGUGACUACAUAAAGCUGAAUUAAUAUGUAAAA